UGUUCAAGGGCUCCUCUCACCUGCCGCAGCAGCUGAAGUUCACGACCUCCGACUCCUGCGACCGCAUCAAGGACGAGUUCCAGCUCCUGCAGGCCCAGUACCACAGCUUGAAGUUGGAAUGUGACAAACUAGCCAGUGAGAAAUCGGAGAUGCAGCGUCACUACGUCAUGUAUUAUGAGAUGUCCUACGGGCUCAAUAUUGAAAUGCACAAACAGGCUGAAAUCGUCAAGAGGCUAAAUGGGAUUUGCGCACAGGUUCUGCCCUACCUUUCGCAAGAGCAUCAGCAGCAAGUCCUGGGAGCCAUUGAACGAGCCAAGCAGGUUACGGCACCAGAACUGAACUCCAUCAUCCGUCAGCAGCUUCAAGCUCACCAGCUGUCGCAGCUCCAAGCCCUCGCUCUGCCUCUGACUCCGCUCCCUGUGGGCCUCCAGCCCCCGUCCCUCCCCGCUGUCAGCGCCGGCACCGGGCUCCUCUCGCUCUCGGCCUUGGGCUCCCAGGCUCACCUCUCCAAGGAGGACAAGAACGGCCAUGACGGGGAUGCCCACCAAGAUGAUGACGGGGAGAAAUCAGAUUAGAGUGAAUGG